AUGGAAUGCACAAUUUUGAAUGAUGAAUCAUUCAACGAUUUUAUUGACGAUGAUUUUGAUAUAAAAUCAUUUUCAGCUAAUAUUCUACAAACUAAACUUGUUGCGGAUUAUUUACAACAUUUAAAUGAACUUAUAAGAACGCUUGAUGGUGAAAUAAAACAGCAAGUAUCAUCAAAUGCACCAGUUCUAUUUCGACAAGCAUCAUCCAUCGGCACAAUUGAAGAUGUUUUAGAAAAUAUGCAGUCGCGCAUUGGAUCAUUGAAAUCAACUGUUGACAGAAUAUCUACAAAAGUGACUGAACCAUAUAAUAAAAUAUUAGUUCGAAAAUAUCAAUUAACUCGCCUUCAGAAUACAUGUGAUCUUCUUCGACGCAUCAAAGGAGUACUACAGCAAACAAAAAAAUUACAAACAUUUAUGUCACCGUCAAAUGCAGGUCAACAGCAAAUUGAACUAGUCAAAGCUUCGCAAUGCUUGAGUGAACUAGAUCAUUUUACUGUUGACACUGAUUUUACGGGUAUUGAUAUCGUGGAAAAAGAUCUUCAAUUUGUGUUUAAAGCUCGUCAUGAUAUUCAAACGCAAGCACAAGAUGUUCUAGAAAAUGGUCUAAAUCAUUUGAAUCCGGCACAAAUCGGUACAGCAUUACAAGUGUUUUUUAAUUUGGGUACACUUCACGAUCGUAUUCAAUCGAUUGAGCAACGGCAAUUACAAAAUUUUCAAGCACAAAUUUCUGAAUAUCUUGAUUUAAAACAAUUAUCACGGAGUAAAGAUCCAUCGAAUCCAGGUCGAACAACAAUGCCAAAUAUUGGAAAUACAUCACAAUUUCGUGCAUUACUAUGGACAAAUAUUGAUAAAAUACUUGAGUUACUUUAUGUUACUAUCGCACAAUUGUACAAUCUUUCAAGAGUUCUAGCUAAGAAGAAAGAUCCAAUUACACAUACAACUUUUAUUGACGAAUUGACUAAACAAGGCCAUUCAAGUGAUCUCGUUGGGCAAUUUUGGGUAGGUGCUAUGAAAUCAUUGAGAAAACAAAUGAAAAUAUCCAUGUCAGAUUCAUAUCAUCUUCGACAAGCAUUGGAAGGCGAAUAUCCGAGAUUAUUAAGACUACAAAAUGAUUUAAUUGCUCGUUUAAAUCAAUUGCAACCAGGUUUCAGUGAGAUUGAAAUGGAUCUUAUAGAUAAGGACCCACUUGAUUCAGAACAAUCUCAAGAAAAACAAAAAGCAAAUUUACAAUUAAAUGAAUGUUUUGAGAUAUUCGAAAAAUCUUAUUUAUCGAUACUAUCAUCACGCUUAUCGGAUCCAAUUAAUCUUGUGUUUAGUAGCAGUAGUACAACAAAAUUAUUGCCAACACAGCAAGAAUUAGAAAGUUUUGUUAAACUUAUUGUCAAUGAAUUAACAGUAUCAAUUGUUAGCGAAGCAUUAGUAAAUAAAGUGGCACGUAAUAUAGGCAAAGCAAUUCAAUUAUUUGCAGCGAAAUGUGAACAAUCGAUUUGUACGGACAGCGAAGGAAGUCAAGUUGUAUCAGCUCCGACAGCAGCGCAAUUACGUAAUAUAUCAGCAAUUAAUAUUCUUUAUAAUUUCUGUUCGAUGAUAAAUAAGAUGCUUGCUGAACAACAAAAUCUUCCUUUAACUGCAACAACACGUAUCGCUGAUGCUUUACAAUGUGUUCAUUCUUUAAUGAAUACAGCAAUUCAUCCAUUCCUUAAUUCUGUCGCUGAUUGUAUCGAGGCUAUACUUGCAACGAUGCAUACUGAAGAUUUUUCACAACCAACUGGAACUCAAUCGGACUCUCAAAGUUCAUUAUAUAUGAAAGAAUUACAAGAAUUUAUAAUCCGCAUUCAAAAAGAUUAUUUCACUGAAUUUCAAUGUAAAGAUUUUAUGUAUGAAAAUCUUGCGCCGAUUGCAUGCCGAGCCAUUGAAUUGUUUAUGGAACAUAUUAGUUUGGUUCGACCAUUGGGUGAAGGCGGAAUAUUACGUUUAGUUGUUGAUUUUGCGCAAAUCGAAUUUGCCCUAUCACCAUUCUGUCGUCGUCUAACAGAUUUAGGGAAACAUUAUAAAAUUCUAAAAGCAUUUCGAUCAUUGUUAAUUUUAACUACAGAAGAAUUUCAAAAUAAUUCCGUCAUUGGCGAUGUUGUUCCCUAUGACAUUGUUCUUCAUCAUUUAUUUUCAAGAGCACCUAUUGAAAUGCGUUCACCACAUCAAGCAAUGAAUUGGUCCAUUAAUCGAUAUAUUCAAUGGCUUGAUGAACAUCCCAAUAUGAGUGAUCGAUUAGCAAUGAUCAAGGGAACAUUAGAAACGUAUGUUCAAACAGUUCGUAAUCGACAACAAAAAGAAUUCGCUCCUAUUUAUGUCAUUAUUCUUAAUAUACUUGAUAAAGGCUUAGCAUCUACUGCUUAG